CGCAGCUACAGAAGCCGGUAGGGCGCACUGAAAAUUCACCAAAGAUGCGAUGUAGACGCUAACUUAGCAGCGUCGAGCUAGUUCUUAAAAAAAAAAAAAAAAAAAAAACUCGAGACGCUUUAUCAGGAGGACAUUUAUCAGGUCUUUUACAAGCCACGGUUUUAAGGGUUUAACAAUUCCAGGGUUUCAAGGUUUUAACAAUAACAAUUAGCCAUGAAGGUCACUGUUCGCGAAAUAUGUAUAGCGUCUGAACCUGAUUGCACGUACUACCUCAGGUUAGAGUGGGCUGAAGAUCUGGGAGCUGGUUUUGUUGUUCUGCUCUGUGAUGGUGUUUCUGCAUGGAGUGGUGAAGUAUUGGAGGAGGAUGUUACCAGGGAGGCCCAGGAGAUGGAGAUGCCAAGGGAGAGGUAUGUCAAUGAACUGCAGCUGAUUCUGACUGGAGAGGGACAAACCGACCAGAGCUACAGUUUUCAUCUCGCACCCAAGCAAUCCGGAAGUCCCAUGUUACAGCUGUCCUAUGAGAAAGUACAGAAUGACAUGUCGUUCAAGUUUGGCAUGGUGGAACUACUCCCUGUGCCAGAGCCCACUAAAGUCAUAAAAGAGCUUAUUAGUUAUGGCUUAGAGCGCAGUACUCGCCUACAAGCCAAGAAAUACAGCUUGCAGAAGGAGAACCAUAGACUGAGGAACGAGCAGGAACAUAUCACUUCAGAAAUGAAGAGGUAUAUCAAAGAAAAGGAGACAUUGGAAAAAGAGCUGUACAAUCGCUUUGUGUUGAUCCUUAAUGGAAAGAAGGACAAGAUCCGCACUUUACAGGAGAGCAUCAAACAGCUGGAGGACACUAUACAAAAUGAAAAAUGCAGACGAAAGAAAGGGGUGGACUCUCGUGGAGGACAAGAGCAUAGAGAUGAUGAACUUGAAAAGAGUGACUAUGGAAGUACCACAGAUGAGGAGGGCAAUGAUCAUCCAACUUCUCAGAAUUUUAAGCCUAGCAGUCAAGUGUUGGCAAGUAACCCAAUGGAUGACAGUCUCAAUGACAUUGCGGAUGUGGCACCAAGCCGCAAAAGACGUCUGCGUGGUAGUCAACCCGUGGAGUCCCAAACAAAAAGACCAGCUUGGGAGCAGGGCCAAACCUUAAGGAUUGGUCCUCCUAAAGAAGCCAAAGUAGAAGAGAGUAAAGUUCCAUUUCAGCAGUCUAAACAAGUCAGUCCAGAUCCUGAUGACCUGUUUGAAGACAUCUAACUGCCUUCCAUGUUUGACACAUUUGUAUUUAACUGCACAUAAUUAUGUAAAAAUGAAUUUAUAUAUAUUAAAUGUUUGUUUUAAUUUAAAUAAUUUGGCCAAAAAAUAUUUCUUUUGUAUACCCUACUUAUUUUUAUUAUACAUGUCAGUUUAAUCUUAAUUCUAUUACUUUUAUUUUAUAACAUGACUCAAACCAUGUGAAUAGUAUUAGUACCUACUGGACCCAACAUAUAUUUUUUUUCUAAGUUCUCACGUAUUCUCUUUUUGCUUACUGACAAAGCUAAAUUAUGUGUUUUAAUUUAAAGUUUACUUUGGUGUUAUUCUUUUGGCAUUGAUACUAAGACUAAUACAAUAGAAAUUCUAGAUGCAUGUCUACAUACAGUAUGUGCAAUGGUCUUGAGCCACCCCUCAAUUCUUCAUAUUAAAUUAAAUUACAUGAAAUGGGAACAAAUGUUUUACUGUGACAGGCUUCAAAGUACUUAAAGAUACUGUGUAAAAAUUAGUUGUUUAUGUAACAACCUCUGCAACCACCUCUCUAACAAACAUUUUAGCAUCACCAGUUUACUAAUCACUGGCCUGAUCAUCCGUCAUCAUUUGCACCUGUUUCUCACUGGUUCAUGCCUUAAAUUAAAUCUGAACACAUAGCUGGGCAGGUUAGCCAAACAAUCAUUUAGUUUGUGGUAUAAGCAUCAAAUGUGGCAUGAAUGUAGCUUAGGGUCUCUUCUUUCAGAAAAGCCCAUUAGCCACCCGAAAAUUUUUAAAUGGUGGCCAUUUUUCAAGGUGUUUAAUUAAUUUAUUUUUUUGUCAAUGUUGGAUAAUUCAAAUUAUCAGUGUAAAUUUACUAUCAAAAAUACUAAGAACAGAUUCAAAAAUCAUGCCUAAAUAAUAAUAAUAAUCACAUUAAAGCAAUUUUUAAAAAUAAAAACAAAUAAAAGUUGUUUUUAGAGGAGUAUUUCAUUAUAAAAUUAGCCACUGAAAAAAUGUUCCAUAUUCAUAACUAGGAUGUGUGCACAACCAGGGCACACUGGUGACAUCAUUGCUAUGAAACUUAGCAUUCAGUGUUGACUAUGUAGUGUUACUUACUGUAGUCAAUUAACUGUAUUUGCAGCAUAAUGUGCCAAAUGCUAUCUAAUCAGCCCUGUAAAUAUCUCAGCUAGUAGUUGUAGUAUUAACUAUACUACUUUACUAAUAUUAAAUGUAGUAUUAUGGCUAGAUAGCCUGUUGUGGCAAAUUUUGUAAACUGCACCAAUUUUCUGAACACAAACCCAACAACUACUUGAGUACUGAAAGAGCAAAAAAGUUUAUUGCAACCAAACGUUAAUAGACAGCACUGGACUGGCCAGCCAGAAGACAACAGACACCCCAUGAAAAUUCAGCGAGCUUUCCUCACUUACCCAAUUUUACAUGGUUUACAGUAUAUACCUUUACUUAGCAAUUACAUAAUUGUUUGAUCCUCCUUAAGUCAAGAAACUACUUAAUAAUUAUGAGACGUAAGCUAAUUUUGCUCAGGUCAGAUUGAUGUGGCACCUCCUCAUUACGAAAUUUUCCCCUCUUAUCUCUUAAAGAUCUUGUUUUAAUUUUUCCCAUUUUUGGAGAAAGUUUGGUUUGUUCCUGUUUUCUUAACCAGACUAUUGAAGACUUGGGUUUUCGUCUGAGAAAGUUUUAAGCUUUUGCUAAGAUGCAUUAUAAUCUGGUUAUUAUUUUUCUAUUCCUAUUCAAGAACUUUUCUUAAAGUUAUUGAAAUAAUUUAUUGGUUUAUUUUUAGUUUUAUUGUAGUUUAUUUAUUUAUUCUUUUUAUGAUCUGAAGAUUAUAAUGAAUAAUUAUUGGACUUAAGUACAGUUAGGGUUAAUAUGAUAAAUUUUUUUAAAGCUUGAUUGCAUUAGAUUAUAUAAUUUUAAAUAUUAUUAUUGCUUAAUUAAUAUUUUUUCCCUAUUUAAAAGACUGAUCAUUAAUAUUUUGAUUCAUAAAAUAAUCCUAUUCUUUUUAAAUCAUAAUUUGAUUAUUAAUCCAUAUGAUUUUAAACAUUGCCAUCUGAUAAUAUACGUAUACAUUAUGGAUUAGAAAUUAUAGUUAUAUUAAUUAAUUAAUAUUUAAAAAGUUACAACCUUUAUUGAUCAAUUUUAGUUAUGUAGUUUAAUAUAACGUGUAGUAAGGGAUAGUAAUUGAUUUGAUUAUUAACCAUUGAUCCCAUUGUUUUUUAGCUUUAAAACGGGAGGUCUGGCCAUCUGUGCUCUGUGUCCAGAAAAAACGGAAAUAAAAGUUAUUUCUUUUAACUUU